CGGUAGCAGUCACUUGGACACACGCACACGAGGAAAAAAAAAAAGAAGCAUCAUCUUUGUUUCAACUCAUAGAAAAGGGGAGAUCACGGCCAAGGCCCAGUCAUCCAUCUUCCGCAGCUCCUCCGACCCUGGAAUCCCUAAACUCCCGACGGUUGUCACAUGCCCGCUCUUUUGGCGACUGCCUGGCGAUAGCAUUCGACUUGCACUCGGGCAGCUCUCCUGCGUCGCCCGUUUGCUCGUGCUUCUUCUUCUUCUUCUUCUUCUUCUUCCUCUCCUUCUUCUUCCUCCGCCAUCUUCCAAACACCCUACGAAUAUCGAGCCGCGCCGACGACUCUCAUACGAUCUCGAACUGCGUCUUCCCUCGCCGUAUCGCACCAUCGCCAUCAUCUUCUUCUGAUACUUUCCCACGCUCCCAUCUGGAACCCUCAACAGGUCUCGAGAUAGUCCAUCUUUCAACAAAUACACAUCAGCAUCGUCAUCAUCGCCGCCACCACCACCACCAUGAACUACCUCUACUCGACCGUCAACACCCUCCGGGACCGCUACACCCCCGUCACGCACACGUCCACCUUCCGCACCACCGGCCAAAUCACCCCCGAGGAGUUCGUCGCCGCGGGAGACUACCUCGUCUACAAGUUCCCGACCUGGUCCUGGAGCGACGCCGACUCCGAGGCCCUGCGCGCCAGCUACCUGCCGCCCGGCAAGCAGUUCCUCGUCACCCGCAACGUGCCCUGCCACCGCCGCCUCAACGACGACUUUGCCGGCGACGCCGCCCACGAGGAGAGCAUCAUCCACGAGGGCGACGACUUCAAGGGCAAGGCAGGCGCCGCCGCCGCCGAUGACGACGACGACGGGUGGCUGCGCACCGGCGGCCUGGCGAGCUCGCAGCCGCUCAAGGCGCGCGAGGUCAGGACGGUGGACGACUCGGGCAACGUGGGCGACGAUGACCUGUACGGCCUGGACGACGACAUCCCGGACAUGGAGGACGAGGAGGAGGACGACGCUGUGCUUCGCAUCGAGCCUGGCAACACAGCUCGACGCACGUACAACCUCUACAUCAUGUACACACCAUACUACCGGACACCGCGCCUCUACCUCUCCGGCUACCAAGCCAACGGCCACCCCCUGCCCCCGAUGAAGAUGAUGGAGGACAUUGUCGGCGACUACAAGGACAAGACGGUCACGCUCGAGGAGUUCCCCUUCUUCUCCAGCCGCGUCCGCAUGGCCAGCGUGCACCCGUGCAAGCACGCGCCCGUCAUGAAGUCGCUGCUGGACCGCGCCGACGCCGCGCUGCGCCUCCGCCGGGAGAAGCUCAAGGCGAGCAAGAAGCAGUCCGCGGACGGCAAGGACGUCGACAACCUGGCGGACGAGCUGGAGAAUCUCGACGUCAAGGGCGCUCACGAGGCCGCCGACAAGGACGAGUGGGAGGAGGUGCAGGAGAACGAGGUUGACGACCAAGAGGUUGCCAUCCGAGUGGACCAAUACCUGGUCGUCUUUCUCAAGUUCAUGGCCAGCGUCACGCCUGGCAUCGAGCACGACUUCACCAUGGGCGUCUAA